GGGGCGUGUCUUAAAGGGGGGAUCGCUGAUGCACCUUGUGGCGUUCCACGAGCCAGCAGCAGAUGCGACCAGUUGGACCUUCUGGUGAAAGUAGACUCCAUGGUAACAGCGAUGGCAGAAUGCGAAACACGUCAGAGACUGGUGCGCACCGUCAAGAAGGAGGUGAAGCAGAUUAUGGAGGAGGCUGUCACGCGAAAGUUUGUCCAUGAAGACAGCAGCCAUAUUGUUUCGUUCUGUGCGGCGGUGGAGGCGUGCGUCCUGCACGGGCUGAAGCGACGCGCGGCUGGCUUCCUGCGCAGCAACAAGGUGGCUGCGCUCUUCACCAAGGUGGGCAAGAGCUUCGCCCCUGCCCACGACCUCUGCAGGAAGACCCAGGAGCUGGAGCAGCUCGUGGAGACCAAGAGAACCCAGAGCCUGCAGAGCCAGGACGGCUUGAGACGGUUGACCCGGCUGCCCAGCCUGACCCCCCACUCCUCCAAAAACCUGUGGAUCCGCACCGCCCUGUUUGAGAAGGUCCUGGACAAGAUCGUGGUUUACCUUGUGGAGAACAGUAGUAAAUUCUACGAGAAAGAGGCUGUUCUCAUGGACCCAGUGGAUGGGCCCAUCCUCGCUUCUCUGCUGGUGGGGCCGUGCGCACUGGAGUACACCAAGAUGAAGACGGCCGACCACUUCUGGACGGACCCGUCAGCAGACGAGCUGGUGCAGAGACACCGCAUCCACGGAGGCCACUGCCGACAGGACUCCCCCAGCAAGAGGCCCGCUCUGUGUUUCCAGAAGAGGCACUCCAGCAGCAGCAUGGACGAGCGGCCCUCCCCCUCGCCAUCCGCCCGCGACUACGUUGAGUCCCUGCACCAGAACAACAGAGCCACCCUGCUGUUUGGGAAGAACAACGUCCUGGUCCAGCCGAGAGACGACAUGGAGGCCGUUCCAGGGUACCUCUCUCUACACCAGACCGCCGAGGUCAUGACCUUGAAGUGGACGCCCAACCAGCUAAUGAACGGAUCUGUGGGAGACCUGGACUAUGAGCACAGUGUGUACUGGGACUACGCUAUGACCAUUCUGCUGCAGGAGAUUGUCUACCUGCACUGCCAUCAACAGGUGGACAGUGGGGGCACGGUGGUGCUUGUGAGCCAGGACGGCAUCCAGAGACCCCCGCUGCGCUUCCCUAAAGGAGGCCACUUGCUGCAGUUCCUCUCCUGCCUGGAGACCGGCCUGCUGCCCCACGGCCAGCUGGACCCCCCUCUCUGGUCCCAGAGGGGAAAGGGGAAGGUGUUUCCUAAGCUCCGGAACCGGGUCGCUCCCGUAUCGGGAUCAUCAGAGUCGGUGUCCGACAAGGAGGAGGACGAGGCCACGGACUACGUCUUCCGCAUCCUGUUUCCCAACAGCCAAUCAGAGUUUGUGAACCCCCCAGACCUGAUGGAGCAGGGUGCUCCGCUGUGGCAGCCCACCCUGAGGAAGUCUUCCUGCUCGUCCUGCUCCCCCCGGAGUCUGUCGGAGGGGGUGCUGCCGGACGGCUGCAACCACGAGCGGGCCCCUCUCAAGCUGCUGUGUGACAACAUGAAGAACCAGAUCAUCUCCCGGGCGUUUUACGGCUGGCUGGCGUACUGCCGCCACCUGUCCACGGUGAGGACACACCUCUCGGCACUGGUGAACCACGCCAUCGUGGAGCCCGACGCGCCCGCCGACGCCAACGCCGGCCUGACCCCCCGCGUGUGGCGCCUCUUCCUGCAGGACCGCACCGCCUAUGAGGAGAAGGAGCUGCUCCGAUUGGUCUACUUUGGGGGUGUGGAGCCGUCGCUGAGGAAGGAAGUGUGGCCUUUCCUCCUGGGUCACUACCAGUUUUCAAUGUCCGAACCUGAAAGGAAGGAGGUGGACGAGCAGGUGAAGGCGGGCUACCAGCGGACCAUGGGCGAGUGGCUGGGCUGCGAGGCCAUCGUGCGCGAGCGGGAGAAGGAGCAGCACGCGGCCGCCAUCGCCAAGUGCUCCGGGGCCAGCGUGGACGGCUCCAGCCAGCCGCUUGUGCACCGCGACUCCACCCUCAGCAACGAGUCUUCCCAGAGCUGCAGCUCUGACCAGCAGAGUCUGGCCCGUCUGCAGAGUGACUCCAGCAGCAGCACCCAGCAGGAGCUCCUGGACCUGUACACACUGAACCUGCACCGCAUUGACAAGGACGUGCAGCGCUGCGACCGCAACUACAUUUACUUCAGCCCCGCCAACCUGGACAAGCUGCGCAACAUCAUGUGCAGUUAUAUCUGGCGCCACCUGGAGGUGGGCUACGUGCAGGGCAUGUGUGACCUGCUGGCUCCUCUCCUGGUCAUCCUGGACGACGAGGCCAUGGCCUUCAGCUGCUUCACCCAGCUCAUGAAGAGGAUGAAUCACAACUUCCCACACGGAGGCGCGAUGGACACACAUUUCGCCAACAUGCGCUCCCUCAUCCAGAUCCUGGACUCUGAGCUCUUUGAGCUGAUGCACCAGAACGGGGACUACACCCACUUCUACUUCUGCUACCGCUGGUUCCUGCUGGACUUCAAGAGAGAGCUGGUGUACGACGAUGUGUUUUCCGUGUGGGAGACCAUCUGGGUGGCCAAGUACGCGUCCUCGGGUCACUUCGUCCUGUUCAUCGCCCUGGCGCUUGUGGAGAUCUACCGGGACAUCAUCCUGGAGAACAACAUGGACUUCACCGACAUCAUCAAGUUCUUCAACGAAAUGGCCGAGCACCACAACAUCAAGCAGGUCCUGCCUCUGGCCCGAGAGCUAGUGUGUAAGGUUCAGAUGCUCAUUGAAAACAAGUGAAACUCCUUUCCUCCUUGAUGUUACGUAUUAGCUUUUGCAGCAACAGAGCACAGCAAUUUAAAGUCGCAAUGUGUAAGAUUGAGCUCUUCCCAGUAAGUAGGCAGGAGUCUUUCAGAAUAAAAACAAACUCCAUAACAGUUUUCGGUUCACGCUUUCGUUAACUGGCUCUGCAACUGUCUGAUGCGCCCCAGCGUUGCUCGGCUGGCCGGGGGUGGGGGGGGCUUUGGGAGAUUCGAUAAUCAGAUUAGACACGCCCCGUUGUUUACAAGAAAACAUGUUAUAGUAAACAAAGACAGAGGUACGGGUUUGGCCAGCUAUUUUUACUUGUAGACUAUAUCAGAUAAAGGAUGUGAUUUUAUUGAUAACAUUAUCGAAAUCACUAUUGAUCAGCAUUGACAAGGUAAUUUGAAAUUUGAAGCUAGUUUAAAUGUUACUUAUUGCAACUUUAAUGAGAUGCCACACAAGCAUACACAUGCAAGAACGCACACACACCCACUAACACACACACACAGACCCAACCACCCACACACACACACACACACACACACACACGCACACGCACACGCACACACACACAUACAUACACACACAUAAACACACAUAUACACAUACAGAAACACACACAGUAUACAGUCAGGUUGCUCCUGUAUGUGAUGUCAGCUGGUGUAUAAAUGUGUAAUUCUUCUGUCGCUAAUUCUAGAUCCAAAUAUCUUUUGUCUGAAAAAUGUUGUCUGUUGAGUGUCGAUGUUUACCUUAGUAAAUUAUAUUUUUUCUUUUAAAUAAUUAGAGUUUUGGUUGCACAUUUUUUAACCAAAUGGAUACUUGUCAACUAAUGUCUUUAUUAAUGAAGAAAACGGUACAUGAUUCAAAUAUGUAUUUAGAACUAUUUUAAUAUAAGGUACUGAAGAAGAAGUUUUACUAAAUCACCAGAUUAUCCUAAUUAUACGUGAGACCUGCAGACACUGUUUCAAUGACCACAUAAUUUCUAUAUUUCAGAACCCAUUUCAUCUUAAAUACAGACAUAGUUUAAAAUAACCCAAUUCCUGUGGUUAUGAUCCAGUGCAGAGAGAUCCUGUGCGUCCUAUUUAAAGCUGCAGUUUGUACCUUUUCCACUGCAGUCGUGACUUCUGGUUAUAAUGCUAGCAAUGUUGAAAGAGUGACAUGGUAAGGUUGUAUUAACAUACAGUAACUACUGAUACUCUGUGUUCUCAUUGUGCCCCACCCUUGCCUAUCGCCAAUAGUAUGUCUGUGUAUGUUGUGUGUGAAUUGGAUUGUAACCCCUCCCCCCCCCACCCAAAAAAAAGAAUAGAAAAUGAGGUUAUGAAGAUGACAGGAACUAAAGUUAUGACCCAUAGAUAACUACAUUGAUAUCAAAGUGAAUUAGUCAUCUCUGUACAGAGCUAUUAGGAGGACAUUUUGACAGCUCUAUUAUUUUGUCAUUUUUAUUCAACAUCAGGGCAAUCAUUUUAUGACGUUUCUAUUGUAGUGCUGCUGGCAUUCUUUGUGACUUUAAUUCAGUGUUUCCCUACAUGCAUCCAGCAGUGGCCCAGCACAGCGGAUGGACUACAGUCAACCCUGCAUUUGUUUUUAUUAGAAAUUAUGUUGGGCGCCCCAAAUGCAAUUUGCUUUAUUUAAUAUCAUGGGUGCCCCCAACUGCACCCUGCUCAAUCGUUACAUCCUCAUUAUGGCAUUGGUGGAAAAUACUGAUGGCAAAAUAGUAUUCUAGGAGCUAGAAGAAGAAAAAAAUGCAUGAUGACACUAAUGGUCGAAUUAUGGUAGGAAUGGACAUAGACUAAAAGUAGGUUUUAAUAAUAAGUAGCCUCCAUAUAAGAUUGUAUAAAACAGAAGCAACAGUAUUAUGAAACCCAGAAGGAGGGAUGGCUACGAGUUGCUAACUUAUAACUGCAUUUGAUUAUAUAAUGCCAAAAGAAUGUGGUUGUGCGCAUAGUGCACUUGCAUGCUUUCCUAGUAGGUUACAUUUUGAGCAAAACACAUGAGAUGGUGGCUGUUGGAAUGCAGCCCAGCAUUACUGGCUCCAUCGGGGAUCCAUCUAAAACACAUGAGAUGGUGGCUGUUGGAAUGCAGCCCAGCACUAAUGGCUCCAUCGGAGAUCCAUCUAAAGCUCUGUGGGCCCGACCACACGACAUAGUGCAACUACAGAAACCAGAGCACUGCUGCUGGAAACAUCGUAAAGGAAACACUGCAUUUCAUUCAUUUAUAUAGUUAUUAUUAUUAUUAUAUGAUAUUAUUAUAAUUGUGUGAUUAUUAUUAUUGUUAUCGGCAUACACAGUAAAUGUGGGAACUAGAUGAGAAGGAAUGAAAUCAUGUUGUCUCAGAUAACUUAUGACACUAUUUUUCUUAUCACAGAUAUUACAAAAGAAACAUGUGAAAUAUCAGAGAACCAUGAAGAGAACUAUUUGCAAAAAUGUAAUGUGUACGCGACGUUGACCACGGUUGAUUGGCAGGUGGUUUCCUCUGCACAUUACACAUAGGCCAAACUUGUUUUUAAAGCUAAGAACAGAAACCUUAAACAAAAAGACAGAAGAUGGGAUGCUGCUAUGGUUUAGGGCGAGUGCCUUCCCACUGAAGUAGCUUUUUUAAAUGAAAUGUAGACGUGCUUUCCACUCUUUAACGGCUGAUGUAACGUUGAGGAAUAUUUAUAGUCUAGCCACAAGUCGUUUAUUGUGUCAAGUGUUGUUUUCAUGAAUGUGAUGAGAUUAAUUGCGUUUAAUAUCGGUGGUUCCUUCCAAAAAGGCAUUUCUUUUGUAAAAUGAAAUGAUUUGCUAACAUCUAGGUGUUUAUUUAUUCAUUCAACUGCUGCUUUUGUUUGUAAAACUAUAACCUUGCUGGUGUUUAGUUCUGAAUGUUUGUGGUAAAACAAAUUAUCUUUAAAAUGGCAUAUUAAAUGGUAUAUGUUUUUAUAAAAUGA